AUGACGUUGUUCACGUUGGCACCCCAUACCGAGUACCAACUGGCGCGUCUCGUCAAGGAUGAGGCGAGAACUCCUUUCCUCCCUGGGGACGAAUGGGAUUGCGUCGAUGAGCAUCAAGCUCAUUGGCGCGUCCGAUUCGUCUAUGACUUUGCUGGCAAGGUCAUGAGGGAAUCGAGUGUCCCGCCUCGACGGGACGCGUUCAUGUUCGAGUAUCUCGGACCCGGCAGCGGCGCGUGGCUCGCCCUUGGCGAUGGGACCGGCCCGCUAGAUGUACUCAAAAUGUUACAUCUAGUCUCGGGUCGGUCUGCCAAGUUCCCGCUGAAGGGGGCCUGGGUGGCAAUUCGUGUCAUCCGUGGUGGCAAUGAUAUUGGGACGCUGGACAGCCUCCGUCUGCAGUGGUGGACUGCAGCACAUGGAGGUGCGCCAGCUCCCGCGCCACCACCAGGACCAGCAGCAGCAGCAGCUCCUGCGCCACCACCACCACCACCAGCAGCAGUUCCUCCUCCGCCACCACCACCACCGCCUCCUCCUCCUCCUGCUGCUGCUGCUGCUGCUGCUCCUCCGCUGCCGCCGCCGCCGGCUAUGCCCAUUGACCCUCGCCUCCUGAACUGGCCUCCAAACCAACCCUAGGAGAACGUCCAUGAUCUUUUGAUGGAGAGAAAAUGGACGAUAGGAAGGACGUUCUCCUAGGGAUAUG